AUGCGUCGACUGUUGCGACAAUGGUAUUCGAUGCUCAGAUGGAAACAGCAGCCAUGCAGGGCAGCUUUGCUGUGCGCCAGGGUGGCGUAUCGUCGAGCUCAUACGGGCAGCGGUCACAGUCAGUGGCGUCAAUUGCGUUGGCUUGCUGGAGGUACAGGCGUUCCGUUGCUUGGUUUCGCAUUUAUGACAACUUUCAGAGAUAUGAUUGGCAUACCGCCAUUCCAACUCGACAAGGAUCCACUAAAGCACAAAAUCAAGGAAGCCUGGUUACACAGGAAGCAUCACAGCUAUGAGAAAGCACUGGUGGUGCUAGAAGAAGCAAUGCAAAUGGCCAUUGAACGAAAUAGCGAUCUCACUGUAAGCAGAAUUUUGGAUGAAAAAGCUAAUACUUAUUACGAGAUGGGCAGACUCGAUGAUGCUGAACAGGCCUUCCGUGAACUGCUGCAACGGUUAAUGAGUCUACACAAUAAGCAAGACAGCGAUCCGGAAUUCAUCGAAGUUGUGGAAAAGCAUAUGGCGAAAUAUUCGAUAACUUACGGAGGGGCCUACGAUGUUCCACAAGUAAUCAACCAGUACGGAGAUUUAUUCACGGAUCCCCUUGCACUGUAUGGCCUUUGUCUCGAGCAGUAUGCACAUUUCAUUGUUCGUCACCGGGAUGAAAAAAGGCUGGAAGAAAGUACACAGCUGAUAGAAGAAGCUUUGAAGAUCUCACACCAGAUCUAUGGGAUAAAUUGCUUUCACACGAUCAACAUGCUCAAUAAUUAUGGUGCUUUGCUGAUCACCCGAAAUCGAUUCGAUCUUGCGAGGAAGUAUCUGGAAGUGGGAAUUGAUAGGAUAUUAUACGUCGAUGAGUGCAGCCCGAUUUUACCCGGAUAUUACUGCAACUACUCGGAAGCACUCUACCACUGCGGAAAGAGAGAAGAAGCGUUAGAAUAUGCCAAAAAAGCGGCGAAUUUCUCGCGCUCUGAAUCGAAAGAACUGCAGAAUUAUACAGCCCGAUUCCUUCGCGAUAUGGAACGAGAUUACAGACGACGCCGAUGA